UACCAUUAAGAUGAACUUUUUUAUACUGCUACUUGUUCUCCAUACGCUUGUUAUUUGCCGCGCUGCACUCCCAAACAAGUAUGUAGUUAUCACGGAAAAGGUGCCAUUUUUCGAGGCCUGGCGUGGGUGUCAAUUUUAUGGACUUGAACUAGCAAAAGUCACCUCAUCGGCAGAUAAUAGCCAGCUUCGUAUUAUGCUCGAUCAAACCGGUCCCAAGCAUUCCACUUACUGGAUAGCAGGAACCGAUAUUGGUCACGAGGGACGAUGGAUGUGGAUAACCAACGAUAGCCCAAUCACUGCAUACACCAACUGGGGCGGUGCUAACCCAAACAAUGCCAACGGACAGGAUUGUAUGAACAUUGGAUCGUUUGAGGACGAUCCUACUUUGUGGGACGAUGUGAGCUGCGAAGAGGAACACAGUUAUAUCUGCGAGAGGAUACCACGGAAAUCACAACCAAAUACCGAAACAAUGCGCUAG